AUGUUGCUAAAAAACACUUACCUCAACAGUCUACCCUUGACCGAACCAUUGCCUCCUCCCCCAAAGAAAAACGCUAGGAAAAAAUUGACCAUUUCCCUUAGAGAGGAGCCUCCUGGGAGUAGACACCUGGUCUCCACCAUCGAUCCUAAAACUAAAGAAAAGGUCCCAAUCAAAGGCAUUCUGAGGGUAAAAGUUGUUCUGCAACAUCAAUUAUCAUCACAAUUUUCUGUACAAGCAUCUCAAACAGUCGCUGUCCCAACAACUAAGAAUGAAGUACUGCCUUCUACAGAGAUUAUUUCUCCUCCAUCUCAGCCACAAACAGUAGAAAACAAAGAGACAAAACCACAGCAAGAGGUUCCACGAAUAAUGGAUUCUAAACCACGAAGUCUUUCACUCAUUGAUCCAGAAACAAAUUCUCUUGAUGAUUCACUGGAUAAUGACGGAUUGCAAAUUUUAACACAGGUAGAACCAAAGAGUUUGACUGCAAACAAUUCGUUGUUUACCCCUGUAACCAAAACUGCAAAUACGACACCAUCAACUUCAGCAACAACUACAACACUACAAUCAGCAACAUUGGAUUCUAAAGCAACAUCAUUUAAAGAUACAAUUUCCGAUACUAUUUCUGAGCUAAGCUCUGUUUCAAGCAUGGAUGAGGAGGAGUUAAAAAAGAAGCGAAAGAAAAAACCAAGCUCGCAGCCAACAAACACCUCCACAGUUGCUGCCUCUCAAUCCAACAGAAAACGGCCAAAUUCAUUCUCAUCAACCUCUGCAGGAGCCAAGCCUCAAUCAAACACCCCAGUCAUUCACGCCCCAAUGAAGUUUAGAAAGCCAACGCCACCAAAACGAAACGAACCAACGGAAGAGGAAUCCAAUAACGUCACAAUCUAUUCUAAUUAUUCUCACAGAGCCUCUAAGACUGUGGAAGAAUCGCUUUCAUCCAAUAACUAUGCUUACACUGGCUCUCUCGCCACAGACACACCACUCUUCAUCAAAGCAGCUCGAGACAAACGUUCCAUGUCACCAGGUGUAACAAAAACCACGCCAACAAUUUCUCGACCCAAUUCAUCCACCCUUCUUCAACCCACAAUAAGUAGUACUCUUAAGAAUGAUCCGCUCGGCACAAAGAAACGACCUUCGUCGGCGCCUAAAAGCAGGCCAAAAGAGGAGGAUCAGGAAAACACAAUUUUUACAAACAUGGCUGAACGAAGCGCAUUGAGAUCAAGCUUUACCGCCCCCAAUAGUUUGUCAAAACCUGUUUUAACAUCAACAGACCUUUCGUCGUCUCUUCCUAAACGACUUAAUUCGACCACAUCCAGAAAUGAUUCAUCUGGAUCAGGAGGAAAUCGAUUACUACGACCAACUCUCAGUUUUUUAAGUAAAACCGUGAAAAAAACCUAG